UCUCAACAUAUUCUGUGACACCUUUUCAGGGUCGCUUUGUGAUUUUGUCACAAUAUUUGCCACUGAAGUAUGGGUAGUGCUGCACUGAGGGAAAAACUACACUGUACCCAACAGAAAACUCACAGCAUAUGCUGGUUCAUAUAUUUAAUUCUACAUCUGAUAGACAAAGCAUCUCUGCAGGACCCACCUGAUAUUUUGGGUGUUGUUGGAGGCUCUGUCAUCUUAUCGUGUUCAUACCAGGAAAGAGUACUAAAGCCAGAGGAAAUUAAUGUGUUUUGGAGAUACAAUGAAAACAUCAUUGUUUAUAAUAUUGAAAAGGGCAUUCCCUCAACAAAAGGCCAGAAUGGAAUGUUCCAGCAGCGAAUAAAAAGUUUUCGCUCAGAGUAUCCAAAUGGAAACUUUUCUCUCAGACUCUCAAAUCUUAAACUAACAGAUAAAGGGCAGUUCUCAUGUUCCAUCCCAGGUGUGUUUACAAAACACAAAGUAAGGCUGCUUGUCAGAGGUAUGUGGAAACAGUCAUUACUGACAUAGUUUGAGUCAUUUGAUAAAUAGAUUUAGUGCGUAAUGCAUGAUCAAAUAUAUUUUUUUAGC